CCCCGCAUCCUCGGCGCUCCGACGGCCCGGCGGCGCAGGUGCGCCCCCCGCGGCCCCGGAGACAUGGACGAGGCGGCGCUGCUGGGCGCGCUGCCGGGUCCCGCGGCCGAGCUGGCGACCGACCUCUUCGGCGCGGAGAGCGCGUUCGCCUCGGAAAACGUGGCCCCGAAAGGCUGGGCGGCGGCGGCGACGCCCGAAGAGGACGCGCUGCGCGUGUUCCCGGACGCGUACCUGGGCCCGGCCGACCCGCGCGCGCCGGGCGCCGCCGCAGACAGCGCGGGGCCGGCGGAGCUGCCGGGCGGCCGGGAGGGCGAGGAGCUGCUGGGGGCGCUGCCCGAGCUCGCCCCGCUGGACGACGCCGCGCUGCCCGCCGGGCCGCCGCCGCCGCCGCACGCCUACAGCGUCCACCUGCUGUCCUCGCUGCUGGCCCCGGCCCGCGGCCCCGCCGUCCUGCCCCUGGGCGCCUGGGCCCGCGAAGGAGCCGCGCCGCCCGGCGCCCGCCUGAUUCCAGUUGAAAUAAAGGAAGCAGGUGGUACUCUCACAAGUAACAAUCCGGAGGAAGUGACUUUUCAGAACCCUGUUGCCCCGGAACCCUGUUGCAAGUUGCCAUCAUCACAAGAAGCAGAGGAUGCCUCUGGCUGCGCUCAUAAGAAGGACGCCAACCCAAUGCUUGACAAUGGAGUUUUGCCAACCAUAGCCAAUGGGUCUGCUUUGCCCUCUGGAUCAGCUCUUCCAGGACCACCAAAAAUAACGUUGGCUGGGUACUGUGACUGCUUUGCCAGCGGGGACUUUUGCAACAACUGCAACUGUAAUAAUUGUUGCAAUAAUUUACAUCAUGAAAUUGAGCGGUUUAAGGCCAUUAAGGCUUGUCUUGAUAGAAAUCCAGAAGCUUUCCAACCAAAAAUUGGGAAAGGAAAAUUGGGAGACGUUAAGCCUCGCCAUAACAAAGGAUGUAAUUGCAAGAGGUCAGGCUGCCUUAAGAAUUACUGUGAAUGCUAUGAGGCCAAAAUUAUGUGCUCUUCUAUUUGCAAAUGCAUUGGUUGCAAAAAUUAUGAAGAAAGCCCAGAACGAAAGACACUAAUGAACAUGCCCAACUACGUGGAAAUUGGAGGCGUUGAAGGCAGCCAUCAUUGGUCACCAAGUAAAUUUUCAGGACUACCAAAAUUCAGAAAAGAUAGGCGGGCUCCCUCGUGCAUCUCCUGGGAGGUGGUGGAGGCCACGUGCGCCUGUCUGCUGGCUCAAGGGGAAGAGGCGGAGAAGGGGCAGUGUUCUGAGUGCCUGGCCGAGCAGAUGGUCCUGGAGGAGUUCGGGAGGUGCUUGGUGCAGAUCCUCCACACUGAGUUUAAAUCCAAGGGGUUGAAAAUGGAGUAG